AUGCGACUUCGUCUGGCGGACUACUAUCGCAAGCAUAGUGCAGAAUACGUCGAGUUGGCACGACCCAUCAUCAAGCCCCGAAAAUGGAUGUGCCGGGUUGGCCACGCUAUGGUGUGGUUUGCGCUCCAGCUUGGAAAAAAGCUGCGCUUUUCUUCAAGAAGAUGUCAAUGA